AGACAACCGACAGAUGAUCUGCCCCUCAAAAGCAGAAAUUGAAGCCUUCUUAUCAGGAGUCGACCUCCCGACCUUAUCCAACACGGACGCGGAACAUCUUAGUAGGCCCUUCACAGUAAAGGAGAUCACCUUGGUGAUCUCCACACUCCCCCUAAACAAAUCACCGGGCCCUGAUGGCCUACCUAAUAAAUACAACCGUACCUUUAUUAAUGCCCUAGCUCAACCUCUCGGUGAUAUGUUUAACCAAUGCAUGAAGGAAGGAGCAUUGCCAGAAGAAGUAACAAUGGCACAUGUCUCCAUGCUUCCUAAACCUGGUAAAACCAAAGAUCACUGUUAAAAUGUCAGGCCCAUUUCGCUGCUCAAUAGCGAUGCCAAAAUCUAUGCAAAAUCUUCUGCAUAAGUCAGGAUUUGUGAGGGGCCGACAGGGCUCUGAUAACUAAAGGAAGGUACUAAACAUGGUAGCAGGGAUGGAGAGGGAGCAUCUCAGAGGUCUUUUCCUGGCGCUGGACGCUGAAAAGGCCUUCGAUAGACUAAACUGGCAAUAUAUGACACAGGUACUAUCCAAAUAUCAGUUCCCUGAAGAGACCAUCAGGGGUAUAUUGGCAUUGUACGCACAACCCAGUGCUGGGGUCUCCCAUGGUGGCUUCCUAUCACGAACCUUUCACAUUACAAACGGGACACGCCAGGGAUGCCCACUGUCCCCUUGCUGUACAUUCUCUCCCUAGAACCGUUGACUUGGAAAAUACAAAGACACUGAGCCAUAACCGGUAUUACAUUAAAGGACAGGGACUAUUGUCUGGCGAUGUUCGCAGACGAUAUCUUUGUGGCACUUUCGGACCCAGAGCAAUCACUACCCCCACUACUAACAUUACUGACAGACUAUGGCGGAAUCUCAUACUACCGCUUACCGAUAAAUCUACCAGGGCCUACUGUAAAUACCCUUAAAACCUCCUUUGAACUAGACUGGCGGACAACGUCCAUAACGUAUUUAGGAGUUAAGAUUGCCACUCCUAUUAGCAACGUAGUGAAGCUCAAUUACAAACCCCUCAUACAGUUAUGCACCACAGAUGUACAUAAAUGGAAAAAUGCGAAACUGUCAUGGUUGGGUCGAGUAAAUGCAUAUAAGAUGAUGCUAUUACCAAGGCUACUGUAUAUAUUUCGGAUGCUCACUAUCGAUAUCCAGGCUGUAAUCUAUAAAUCUUUGCAAGCCAUAUGCAACUCCUACAUUUGGGGAGGUAAGAAACCCAGGCUGCCUCUAAGUUUCCUACAAAGGACAACAAAUAUGGGGGGCAUAGGCCUACCCAAUAUUGGAUUAUACUAUAAAGCCUCUAUCCUAGCAACGAGCAUACACCUGCAUGCCCAGCAGGGAGUAACACAGUGGGUAGAUAUGGAACAAGACCAACUUAGUCAAACCUCACUGCUUAAUUACAUGUGGACGCCGAGAACAUUGAGGGGCCCUAAAAUGAGCCUAUAUCCUACCACAACUGCAACGAUCAAAGUGUGGGAUGACUUUAUGUCCUCCUUUGGCUGGAAGAAACACUUCCACCCUGAAGCUCCCCUAAAUGCACUCCACGCAGUGAACCCCACGAUCCCCCUAGCCAGAUGGUCACACCUAGGUAUAUCCCAAAUCCAACAGCUGUGCAGAGAACAAUCAAUCAUGAGUUUCCCGGAUAUAAGGGAUAAAUGGGGGGUACCAGUGAGGGAUAUCUUCCCUUACUUACAACUAAAAAAUGCGAUAAACACACAUGUCAAAAACACGCCAUCCACCAUGCCUACAACCACAGUAGCAGCAAGACUUAUACCCCACAGAUGCUGGGCAGCUCUGACGAAACCCAAAGCCCUCUCACUCUGCUAUAAAGCAUGGCUAGAAUUAACACCCCGAAAACCAUUAGCAUGUAAACAGAACUGGGAGAACGAGAGACGGAAAGAAUUGACAGAUGACGAAUGGAUGAAGCCCUAAAUGGUAUUAAAAAAUGGAAGAGGGAUCUAUACCAUACAUA